GUGGUACUGUGAAGGGAAGGAGCUAGAAAACUCACCCGACAUUCAAAUUAUCCAGACAGGUGAUCAGCACUCACUGAUUAUUGUUGAAGCUUUUGAAGAGGACACAGGACGUUACUCAUGCUUUGCUUCGAACAUCUAUGGCACAGACUCCACUUCUGCAGAGAUUUACAUAGAAGGAAUCUCUUCUUCUGACUCUGAAGGUGAAAUCAUCAAAGAUGAAAUGGAUCACAAACCAAAGCCAGCCGAAACCUACACGAAUGUGGAAUCUCCUGCUCUCAGGACUGAAACCAAGCACCAAGAACCCUCCAAAGCACCAUCAGCUGUUGUUCAGCCUGUGUCUGUACCUGUCCAGACUCUAUCAACACCAGUUAAUCAGGCUCUGAGCCACACUAACUAUUUGCAAGGACUGGAUGGAAGACCUAUAAUUGCAGCUCCUGUAUUUACAAAGAUGUUACAGGAUAUUUCAGCUUCUGAGGGACAGCUUGUUGUCUUUGAAUGUCGGGUGAAAGGAGCUCCUUCCCCAAAGGUUGAAUGGUACAGAGAAGGAACACUGAUAGAAGAUUCUCCAGAUUUUAGGAUAUUACAGAAAAAACCACGAUCUAUGGCUGAACCAGAGGAAAUUUGUACCCUCGUUAUUGCUGAAGUAUUUUCAGAAGAUUCUGGCAGUUUCACCUGUACUGCAAGCAAUAAAUAUGGCACAGUAUCCAGUAUAGCCCAUCUAACUGUCAAAGCAUCUGAAGGCAGUAGUAAUGCUGCUGCCCUUCACACGAUGAGCUCAAUCAGCUUCGUUGCUACUGAACAACAACCUCCCCCACAUACUUCUUCCCAUCAUGUAGUAAAUCAGACACCCAAACCUAAACUUGAAGGUGUCCUUGUGAACCACAAUGAACCCAGAUCGAGUUCCAAGAUAGGGCUCCGUGUGCACUUCAAGCUGCCUGAAGAUGAUAAAAGAAGUGAAUCGUCAUCAGAGGAUGGACCUGGUGCUACAAACCAAAUCAGACCCAACUAUUUCCCAGAGAGGAUAAAUGGACAGCCAACGAAAACACCAGAGCCAACAUCGCCAUCCAAGGAACCUCCUCCAGUACUGGCUAAACCAAAGCUUGAUCAGAGCCAGUUAAAACAGCUCCACAACCAGGUCUUGCUUGAACAACAGCAGAUGCAUCAGGCAUCUAUAAGAGAGCUGUCAUUCAACACAGUUUCACUGAAUUCUGCUACUUCACUCCAUCAACAGUCCACCUCAGCUCUGUACAAGCAAAGCUCAGGAUCUGCUCCACAAGCUCCUGGCUACAGCCGCCCCAAGCAGUUCUUGCCAUCACAAAUCUCACUGCUCGCCAGCUCCUCCGCCAGCUCCUCAGCUACAGCGUUCAGCGACAUCCCCCAAGGAACUCAGAGAACAAAUAACAUGGAAAAUUUCACAGGAAACCCUCCACCUCCCCAGCCAAGGUCUUCAGGAGGGUUUACAUACAAAAGCGAACAGUCUCUACCAAGCCCUAAGGAAUCCGUGGUGACUCCAGUAACACUUUCUGCAUCUAGUGUAAAACAGUUUCAGCCACAGACUGUGACUCCUACUCCUAUCUCCCCAACCGGACGGAUUCAGAAUCCAGUAGCUUUCCUCAGUGCUGUUCUUCCUUCACUUCCUACUGUGCCAUCAACCAAUGCUAUGGGACUGCCCAGAAGUACACCGGCCACCCCAACCCAGGGAUUAACAAAGAAAAGUCUGAAGCCUCUGCCAUUAGCAACAGAUGAUUCUAUUCGGGAAAACAAAGCUGCACUUGUGAAGGACCUGGAAAGAAAAUUGCAUUUCCAAGAGGAUGGUAAUCAACCUAGUGCUCAGCAGGAGUACAGGAUUUCAAGCUUUGAGCAGAGGCUGAUGAAUGAAAUAGAAUUUCGCCUUGAGCGUACACCAGUGGAUGAAUCAGAUGACGAAGUUCAGCACGAGGAAAUCCCUAUGGGCAAAUACAUAGCACCUAUCUUUGACAAGAGACUCAAGCAUUUCCGGGUAAUGGAAGGAUCUGCUAUUACAUUCACCUGCAAAAUUGUUGGAAUACCUGUUCCCAAGGUAUACUGGUUCAAGGAUGGCAAGCAGAUUUCAAAGAAAAACACACAUUUCAAAAUGAACAGAGAAGAAGAUGGAACAUGUUCUUUACAUAUUGAUGCUGCUACUAAUGAUGAUGAUGGCAACUAUACGAUUAUGGCUGCAAACCCACAAGGGAGAAUCAGUUGUUCAGGCCACCUGAUGGUUCAAAGUGUCCUUGUUCGGGGCCGAAUACCAACAAGUCAGCCUCACAGAACACGGCCCCGGGUGCCAGAAGGGGACAAGGAGGCAGUUCAAGAACGCUUUUUCAGGCCAUACUUUCUGCAGGCUCCAGGUGACAUGGUAGCGCACGAAGGGCGACUUUGUAGAUUGGAUUGUAAGGUGAGUGGGUUACCAACUCCAGACCUGAUGUGGCUCCUGAAUGGCAAACCUGUACUACCAGACGGCACCCACAAGAUACUGGUCAGAGAGACUGGAGUCCACUCUUUGCUCAUCGACCCUCUCUCCCAAAACGAUGCUGGAACUUACACUUGCCUUGCCACUAAUAAAACAGGACAAAAUUCAUUUAGUCUGGAGCUCACUGUUGUAGCAAAGGAAGUAAAAAGAGCUCCUAUGUUUCUGGAGAAGCUUCAGAACUGUGGUGUUCCAGAAGGGUAUCCCAUCAGAUUAGAAUGCAGAGUUGUGGGAAUGCCACCCCCCAUAUUUUACUGGAAGAAGGAUAAUGAGACCAUCCCAUCCAACAGAGAGAGGAUGAGCAUGCAUCAAGAUACCACAGGGUAUGUCUGCCUCCUCAUCCAGCCUGCCAAGAAAGCAGAUGCUGGCUGGUACACCCUGUCUGCCAAGAACGAAGCUGGUAUUGUCUCUUGUACUGCUCGGCUUGACAUAUACGCUCAGUGGCACCGUCAGAUUCCACAACCACUGAAACUGAGAGGCGGUGGCAGCCGGUACGCCAACCUCGCCGGUCAGGGCCUUGACAUCUUCUCUGCCUUUCCGGCCACUGAGAGCCCUAUGCUGUUUCCAUCCCCAACCCAAAAGCUGGUGGAGAGUGAAGAACUUUGA